GAAAAAUUGUGUUUGGUUGCACUGGACUCCAGAUCCCCAAUCCUCUCAUUUGUAGCUUCAGAGUGGAGAGAUUUAGUGCACAACCGACGAAAAACAGCGACACAAUGUAUUGCACAUCUACCGUAGCAACGUACUUUCCGGUGCGGCACAAAUUGCAGGACGAGCGGGGUUCGGUGAUGAGAGAUAUCCGGUGGUUCUGGAUUUAAAGUAUGUACACAAUUGGGUUGGGCUUCGCGAACCAAACUGAGCUUCUCCGGACACAUCAAAAGACCGGAAGCCUCUCGUGGGUUGUCAUGUGACUCUCUCUGAACAUGACGUAAAAAUACUAAUACUGGAGAUAACCAGAUUCGGGAUCUCAUUGAGUACAACUGUAACUUAUGGGGUGAGGGUCUUGAAUCACCAACCCUCGUGAAAAGAAAGGUGCUCUCUCCGCUCUGAUUAGUAUUGUGAACUGCAACACCUUCGAUGAAGAAACAUACGCGUUGGGAAGGCCGCCCUCACGGCCCUGCCAGUUGUCAAAUACAUGUGCCUGGAACUGAGAGUUGAUGAUCUAAUUCUCAGACAACAGAUCAUGAUCUCUAUCCGCGUCUGUUCUUGCUUCAACAGCCCUCUGACUCGAAAUCAUCAUCCGCGGGCGUUUACAGCUUCCAGUGACUCGACGUCAUCUGACUCGCUCCGGAAUCAGUCGCGCCGGCGUCUGUACACAUCUUAUCCUCCACAUUCAUCCCACCAAGCCCUCACGAUGAACCCCUGGGGAGCAGCAGCACCUCCACCCUGGGUGCCACAGCCCGCGGGCUACUUCCCACCCGGAUACGCCACGCCGCAAUACGCGUCAUACUGGGCGCAGCCGGGGUGGAACGCCCCCACCGUCAACGGAGCGUUCAACUCGGUCAAGUACCCGACCCUGAACCCGAUCCUCGCGCUGGGGACGACGACGGUGCGAUACGACGUGCGGGGGCAGGCGCGGAACGAGAUCGCGCAGGCUAUCUACAUGCCCAACCGCCUGCUGGUCGCCACGUCCAACCAGGCCACGCAUGUGCGGCUGAUCUCCAAGGCCUUCCCGUGGUCCAUCGAAAUCGUGUCCGCCAGCCCUGUGACCUGCGAAGUCAUCUGGGACGCCCUUUAUAAGGCUCUGCAAGAGCCGAUCGCCGAUUCCGAGUGGGGGAUUAUCAUCCUGGACAGGAAACAGCGCGAAACAAUUGAGAAGGCAGCCAAGAAACGAUCUGACAAUCAGGAUGCUAGAUACAAGAGAAUAGAUUGGCUGGGUGGGGCGACCAUCUUCAAGGGCUUGGAGAAGCUGGAGGAGUUCCAGGAUAUGCGGAUGCUGCCGGGCGCUGAGCCGUGUGCGGAGACUUGGGUUGUCAGGAUGUCGACCUCUUGAAGUUUGUGCUUCAGAGCCGAAUGUAAUUAUAUAUAUCUGUACUUUUAUAGCUGGUGGUGGUCCAAGCAGCAAAUUGCGGACACGUGUUUCAAUGACAGCUGUCAAAAUUUUCCCUUUGCCGAGCUUCUUCGAGUCUCCUCCGCCGCCGCUCCGUGUCAGCCAGUAUGGUGUCCUUCCAAUGCCAUGCCUGCCAGGACACAGUGAAGAAGCCGAAACUCGAUCAGCACUACGGACGCUGCUACGCCGGGUUCGACUGCAUCGAUUGCUCCAAGACCUUCAACACCCCAGCGGAGUUCAAAGGCCACACGUCCUGCGUCAGCGAAGCCGAGAAAUACGAGAAGAGCGUGUACAAGGGCCCCCGGCAUAACGACGGGCAUCAGAAUGCACGCGGUGGCUCGAGGGGCGGACGGGGCGGUGGACGGGGCGGCUGGAACGGCGGCUGGACCCCCACGCGCGGGACCGGCCCGAACAGCACCCCCCUCGGCAACUCGCCCCGCAUGUCGCCCCCCACCCCUGCGUCCGCUGAGGCCGACGAGCCGCCAGCCAAUCCCCCGACACCCGUAUCCGUCACCAAGCCCAGCGCCCCGCCAAAGUACUCAGAAGUGGAGAAAGAUCUGAAGGAGGAAAAAGAAAAGGCGAAGCAGGAGAAGCUCGCGGCCAAGCUGAAGCGCAAGGCCGAGAAGGCUGAAAAGCGGGCGACGGAGAAGACUUCAACGACCGUUGAAUCAUCUGCAGCCGACGAGCUAGAGGCGAAAUUGAAACGCAAAGCGGAAAAACGAGCCGCCAAGAAGGCAGCGGCAAGCGCGGACGCGGCCGCAACACCAGAAAACGUGCCUCCCAGAACCCCAAAAGAACUCGAGUCCGAGCUCAAGAAAGAGCGGAAACGGCUAAAACGCGCCCAAAAACUUGCGGAUGCCGUGAAUACCGCGCCCGAGGACCCAGCGCCGCUCGAGACGGUCUCUGCGUCGUCGAAGAAGCGAAAGCGGAACGAGGACGAGGCGGAGACUAUCGCUGUCGUGGAGACGGCCGAAAGGAAACAGAAGAAGGAGAAGAAGGAGAAGAAGAAAAGCAAGGACGCAAGGACCUCCAUGGAUGUGGAUGUAGUCGCGUCGGACGCAGCACCCGUAGAGAAGAAGAAAAAGUCGAAGAAGGCGGAAACGGACGCGACCGACACGCCAAUGGACGUCGACGCACCCAAUGAUGGAGACGACGAGAAGAAGAGGAGGAAGAAAGAAAAGAAGGCCAAGACGGAGGCCAAGGCGGAGACGAGCGAGCAAGUGGACAAGAAGAAGAGGAAGAAAGAUAAGAAAGCAGAG